UGGCAGAAGCGGCCGUGAGCGCACCGAGGACAGACGUACGCCAACAUGAGGGAAAUUGUGCAUAUCCAGACCGGCCAGUGCGGCAACCAGAUUGGAACAAAGGUAAGACAAAUUCUAGUGUUUGUUUCUACUUAACCAUUGUUUUUACUUUUGCAGUUCUGGGAAAUCAUCAGCGACGAACAUGGCAUCCAGCCCACCGGGGAGUACACGGGUGCCGAUAAGGACCUGAUGGAACUCCAGCUGGAGCGCAUCAAUGUUUAUUACAAUGAGGGCAACCAGGGAAAAUAUGUGCCCCGUGCUGUGCUGGUCGAUCUGGAGCCAGGCACCAUGGACAGCGUGCGUGCCGGGCCUCACGGUCAGCUUUUCAAACCCGACAGUUUCGUCUUUGGUCAGAGCGGUGCUGGAAACAACUGGGCCAAGGGACACUACACAGAAGGUGCCGAACUUGUAGACUCUGUCCUCGAUGUUAUCCGCAAAGAAGCUGAGAAGUGCGACUGUCUGCAGGGCUUCCAGCUGACCCACUCCCUUGGUGGUGGCACUGGCUCCGGCAUGGGUACCCUCCUUGUCUCAAAGAUCCGUGAGGAGUUCCCUGACAGAAUCAUGAACACAUUUUCUGUUGUCCCAUCCCCCAAGGUAUCAGACACCGUUGUCGAGCCCUACAAUGCCACACUGUCAAUCCACCAGCUUGUAGAAAACACUGACGAAACUUACUGUAUUGACAAUGAAGCUCUCUAUGACAUCUGCUUCAGAACCCUUAAGCUCCAGAAUCCCACCUAUGGUGAUCUCAACCAUCUCGUCUCCCUCACAAUGUCCGGUGUUACCACCUGCUUCAGGUUCCCUGGCCAGCUGAACGCUGAUCUCCGCAAAUUGGCCGUCAACAUGGUGCCCUUCCCACGUCUCCACUUCUUUAUGCCUGGCUUCGCUCCCCUCACAGCCCGUGGCUCCCAACAGUACCGUGCCCUCACAGUCCCAGAGCUCACACAACAGAUGUUCGAUGCUAAGAACAUGAUGGCUGCCUGUGAUCCCAGGCACGGCCGUUACCUCACCGUUGCCGCCAUCUUCCGUGGCCGUAUGUCCAUGAAGGAGGUUGACGAACAGAUGUACAACAUCCAGAACAAGAAUUCUUCCUUCUUCGUUGAAUGGAUCCCCAACAACGUUAAGACUGCCGUGUGUGACAUCCCACCCAGAGGUAUCAAGAUGGCUUCCACCUUCAUCGGCAACUCUACUGCCAUCCAGGAGCUCUUCAAGCGUGUUAGCGAACAGUUCACUGCUAUGUUCAGGAGAAAGGCUUUCCUUCAUUGGUACACCGGCGAGGGCAUGGAUGAGAUGGAGUUCACCGAAGCAGAGUCCAACAUGAAUGAUCUUGUCAGCGAAUACCAGCAAUACCAGGAGGCAACCGCUGACGACGAGGCAGAAUUCGAGGAGGAGGGUGAAGUUGAGGGAGAAUACGCCUAAGCAUAUUCCAAAUUCUUUAUUUUCCUUCCACUCAUCCCAGAACUGUACUGUACAUUCCUUUCUUUUCACGAAACAAAUAUGAACAAAACUUCAUUUUUUCUUUCUACUUUUGUUUAAUAGAAAUUAUGCACAA